CAUAAAACUACAUUAAACAACUGACCUCAUCUGCGUCUCUCUCUCUCUCAACCAGAAAUCUCGCUCACUAAGCAACCAACCAUGUCAAAAACCAGCUGCCCUCAAAACUGACCGUUUCAGCUUCAUUUCUCACACCCUUUCUAACCUUCACAUUGACUCAUCCCUUUCUCCACAUCAUCUCUCUUCUUCCCAGAGAUCCAAAACUGUAAUAAAGUCAUCAAGUGGUGGAUAUUAACUUAAUUACUUCAGUUGGCCAUGGAAGAGGAAAAUGCCUUGGAGCUUUUACAAAGAUACAGGAGGGACCGGAGAGUUCUUUUAGAUUAUAUGCUUUCUGGUAGUUUAAUUAAGAAAGUUGUAAUGCCUCCUGGUGCGGUUACACUUGAUGACGUGGAUCUGGACCAAGUCAGUGUAGAUUAUGUUCUCAAUUGUGUUAAGAAAGGUGGAAUGCUUGAACUUUCGGAGGCUAUAAGAGAUUACCAUGAUAAUACCGGCUUACCCCAUAUGAAUAAUACAGGUUCAGUAGACGAGUUUUUCUUGGUCACAAAACCUGAAACUUCAGGUUCACCUCCAAAAAGGGCACCACCUCCUGUUCCUAUUUCAGCGCCAAAUCCUGUUUUUGCACCAUCGCCUGUUGUAUCCUUGGCAAGUGUAGCAAAGUCAGAAUCCUUUGACUCCACUGAAGUUCAAGAAUUGACUGACUCCAAUGAAGUUCGAGAAUUGACUGUUGAUGACAUUGAAGAUUUCGAGGAUGAUGAUGAUCUUGAGGUAGUUGAUAGUGUCAGAAUGUCAAGACGCAAUCCAAAUGAUGCUGCUGAUCUUGUUCCUAAAUUGCCCUCUUUUUCAACAGGUAUCACAGAUGAUGACCUCCGUGAAACUGCAUAUGAAGUGCUCUUGGCGUGUGCUGGAGCAUCAGGAGGCCUUAUUGUUCCAUCAAAAGAAAAAAAGAAAGACAAAAGGUCCAAGUUGAUGAGAAAGCUUGGACGUAGUAAAACUGAGAAUGCUGUGACCCAUUCUCAGCGUGCAACUGGAUUGGUUGCUUUGCUAGAAAACAUGCGUGCCCAGAUGGAGAUAUCCGAGGUAAUGGACAUAAGAACUAGACAAGGGCUGCUCAAUGCUCUUGCUGGAAAAGUUGGAAAACGAAUGGAUACCCUAUUGGUUCCACUGGAAUUGUUAUGCUGUAUUUCACGUUCAGAAUUUUCUGAUAAGAAAGCAUAUAUACGGUGGCAAAAAAGGCAGUUGUUUAUGCUGGAGGAGGGGCUUAUUAAUCACCCAGUUGUUGGAUUCGGUGAAUCUGGGCGCAAACCAAGUGAUUUGAGGAUUCUUUUGGCAAAGAUUGAGGAAUCUGAGUUCCGUCCAUCUUCUGCUGGUGAAGUCCAACGAACAGAAUGUUUGAGAUCUCUCAGAGAGAUUGCAAUACCACUUGCAGAGAGGCCGGCUCGGGGUGACUUAACUGGUGAGGUAUGCCAUUGGGCUGAUGGCUAUCACCUUAAUGUUAGACUGUAUGAGAAACUGCUUCUGAGUGUCUUUGACAUUUUGGACGAGGGGAAGCUGACAGAGGAAGUUGAGGAAAUUCUUGAGCUCUUGAAGUCAACCUGGCGUGUUCUAGGAAUUACAGAAACCAUCCAUUACACAUGCUAUGCAUCGGUAUUAAUUCGUCAGUAUAUCAUCACACAAGAGCAGGGGCUCCUAAAACAUGCCAUUGAGCAGCUGAAGAAAAUACCAUUAAAAGAACAACGCGGACCACAAGAGAGGUUACACUUGAAAAGUUUGCUUUCCAAAGUUGAAGGUGAAGAACUUCCUUUCUUUCAAUCCUUUUUAUCACCUGUUCAGAAAUGGGCUGAUAAGCAGCUAGGAGACUACCAUCUGAACUUUGCUGAGGACUCAUCAGUAAUGGAGGAUGUAGUGUUAGUUGCAAUGAUUACCCGGAGGCUUCUCUUGGAAGAAUCUGAAAUGGCAAUGCAACGUACAUCUGUCAUGGAUCACGAUCAGAUUGAAUCAUUCAUAGCAUCAUCCAUUAAGAAUGCAUUUACAAGGAUAUUAGUGGUUGUUGAUAAACUAGAUGCAAUGGAUGAGCAUCCUUUGGCAUUGCUUGCAGAAGAGAUAAAGAAACUUCUAAAAAAAGAAUCAACCAUAUUUACACCAAUUUUGUCACAGAGGAAUCCACAAGCAAUUGUUGUUUCAGCAUCACUUGUUCACAAGCUCUAUGGGAACAAGUUGAAACCAUUCCUUGAUGGCUCCGAACAUCUGACCGAGGAUGUUGUCUCUGUGUUUCCUGCUGCUGAUAGCCUUGAGCAGUAUAUAAUGGCACUCAUCACUUCUGCAUGUGGAGAGGGGAAUAUGGAAGUCAAAUUCCGCAAACUAACUCCAUAUCAGAUUGAAUCUAUAUCUGGAACACUGGUCAUGCGAUGGGUCAAUUCUCAGCUUGGACGAAUUUUGGGUUGGGUUGAGCGUACCAUUCAACAGGAGCGGUGGGAACCAAUAUCACCUCAACAGCGGCAUGGGAGCUCAAUUGUUGAGGUUUAUAGGAUUGUUGAAGAGACUGUUGAUCAGUUCUUUUCUCUUAAAGUUCCAAUGAGUUCCAAAGAGUUGAAUGGCCUGUUUCGGGGUGUUGACAAUGCAUUCCAAGUUUAUGCAAAUCAUGUCACUGACAAGUUGGCUGCUAAGGAAGACCUAAUUCCACCAGUUCCUAUUCUGACACGAUACAGGAAGGAAGCUGGAAUAAAGGCCUUCGUAAAGAAGGAACUGUUUGAGUCGAGGAUGCCUGAAGAGAUAAAAUCCAAUGAAAUUAAUGUUCCAGCGACAGCAACACUUUGUGUUCAGUUAAAUACUCUAUAUUAUGCAAUUAGUCAACUGAAUAAGUUAGAAGAUAGCAUUUGGGAACGAUGGAAUAGAAGAAAGCCUCGUGAGCAAUUUAUCAAGAAAUCCAUAGCUGAGAAUUCAGCAAGUUUCAAGCAGAAGGGAACAUUUGAUGGCAGUAGAAAAGAUAUAAAUGCUGCUAUGGAUCGCAUUUGUGAGUUUACUGGAACUAAGAUCAUCUUCUACGACUUGAAGGAACCAUUCAUUGAAAAUCUGUAUAAACCCGCUGUUCCUCAAUCUAGGCUGGAAGCAAUAAUUGAACCGCUUGACAUAGAACUAAAUGAACUCUGUGGUAUCAUUGUGGAGCCCCUCAGAGAUCGCAUUGUGACGAGUCUUCUACAAGCUUCACUGGAUGGCUUUCUCCGAGUUAUAUUGGAUGGAGGACCAUCACGGUAUUUCUGCACAGGUGAUGCAAAAAUAUUGGAAGAUGAUGUAGAAGUUUUGAAGGAAUUUUUUAUCUCUGGAGGAGAUGGGCUUCCCAGAGGAGUCGUUGAAAACCAUGUAGCACGUGCUCGACAUGUAAUCAAGUUGCACAGCUAUGAGACUCGAGAAUUAAUCGAGGACCUGAAAUCUAUAAGUGGGGUGGAAAGGCAGCGCGGUGGAAGCAGACUAGGCGCUGAUACCCCAACAUUGUUGAGGAUAUUAUGUCACCGGAGUGAUUCAGAGGCCUCCCAGUUUCUCAAGAAGCAGUUCAAGAUACCCAAAUCUUCAGUCUAGGAGAGCGCCUGUGUAGGUGAUGACAGGCAACUGUGUAUUUGUAUCAUUUCAUUUCUAUUCUUUUCCUCAGCCAACCGAUUCUCUCUUUAAGUUAUUUUCUUCACUAGUUUUUGUGGUGCUUUUACAAAUUCUGUAUUUUAUCUCUCGUUUUUAUUUUUUGUAAAGACAAAAUUGCAAUAAUUAAUCCGCUCUCUUUCUUUUCUUGUUA